AUGUCUUCAUCGGCUGGGGCUCAGAUGCUAGCAAAUCCCAGCGUUGGAGUGUCUAGCAUGUCCACCCCAGUCUUGCCGCAACGAACACCACCUCAAUUUUAUUAUCUUGAUCCGACAAAACAGGAACGUGGACCGUUUGAGAAGAUUCAAAUGGAUAGUUGGUAUAAACGCGGUUAUUUCACCGAAGGACUCGAGGUUCGUCGUAGUACCGACACCAAAUACAGAACACUAGGUGAACUGAUGCAGCUGAAUGGAAGAAUAACACCAUUUGAUUAUAAGGAUGAAGUCGUACCAACGCCCCCAGUCACAGCGGUGUUUUCUAACCCGUCGCAGUCUUACCCUGCCCUCUUUCCGUAUGCCAAAACUUUGGCUGUCGGAUGUAUCUUAUCGAUUUACAUUUCAGAGGCGGAAGUAUGUGGGGAGAACUGGGGGCACCUGCAAGCGUGA